GCUCCGACUACUCUCCCCCUCCCCCACUUCCUCCCCCUGUACUGACCAACGAGCACAGUGGCGGUGGCAGCCACAGUGACCAUGGUGGAGGAGGGGGCGGGGUCAACCAUGGGGUGGGUGUGGUGGGCCUGGCCCCGGAGCACAUGGCCACACCGGGGGCGGCCCUGAGCUGGCAGGCGGCUAUCGACGCAGCGCGGCAGGCGAAGAUAAUGGGCAACACUGCGUCAAGUGUAGGGGCGGUGCCCGGGUCGGGAGGGGGCGGGCCCAUCUCCACGGCCAGCUCCACGCAAAGGAAGAGACAACACUAUAGCUCCAAGCCCAAGAAACAGACUACAACGACAGCCACAAGGCCGCCACGGGCCCUGCUCUGUCUCACACUCAAGAACCCCAUCCGCAGGGCCUGCAUCAGCAUCGUAGAGUGGAAACCAUUUGAAAUCAUCAUCCUGAUGACCAUUUUCGCCAAUUGUGUGGCCUUAGCUGUCUACAUCCCCUUCCCAGAGGAUGACUCAAACGCCACCAACUCCAACCUGUCUUUGCCAAGCCUGCCAGCGGGACCCACCGACCUCACUCUGCAAAAAAAGGCUGCAAAAAUGAGCAAAGCAUGUUUCCACCAACUGGUACAGCUGCUGUGGGGUCGACGAGAGGUUAAAGUGGAGUGUAAAGGACUUCUCACCUAA